AUGUUCCACAACAGCAGCCAGCGCCGCCACUGGACCUUCGCCAGCGACGAGCAGCUGGCGCGGCUGCGGGCCGACGUGAACCGCAAGUUCAAGUGCAAGGCGGCGGCCUCCGGGAAGGUUCUUCCAAAUGAUCCCAUCUUUCUUGAGCCUCAGGCAGAAGCGAUACUAUGCAAAUACUAUGAAAAAAGAUUAUUGGAAUUCUGUUCAGUAUUUAAGCCAGCAAUGCCACGGUCUGUUGUGGGUACAGCUUGUAUGUAUUUCAAACGUUUUUAUCUUAAUAAUUCAGUGAUGGAAUACCACCCCCGGAUAAUAAUGCUCACAUGUGCAUUUUUGGCCUGCAAAGUGGAUGAAUUCAACGUGUCUAGUCCUCAGUUUGUUGGGAACCUUCGUGAGAGUCCCCUUGGGCAGGAGAAGGCACUGGAACAGAUUUUGGAAUAUGAACUACUGCUCAUACAACAAUUAAACUUUCACCUCAUUGUCCACAACCCAUAUAGACCAUUUGAAGGCUUCCUCAUUGAUACAAAGACUCGCUAUCCCAUGUUGGAGAAUCCAGAGAUUUUGAGGAAAACAGCUGAUGACUUUCUUAAUAGAAUUGCAUUGACAGAUGCUUACCUGUUAUAUACACCUUCCCAAAUUGCCCUAACUGCCAUUUUAUCUAGCGCUUCCAGGGCUGGAAUUACCAUGGAAAGUUAUUUGUCCGAGAAUCUAAUGCUGAAAGAAAACAGAACUUGUUUGUCACAGUUACUAGAUAUAAUGAAAAGCAUGAGAAACCUAGUAAAAAAGUAUGAGUCGCCCAGAUCUGAAGAAGUUGUUCUUCUGAAACAGAAGCUAGAACGAUGUCACUCUGCAGACCUGGCACUUAAUGUAAUUACGAAGAAGAGGAAGGGCUAUGAAGAUGAUGACUACGUAUCCAAGAAACCCAGACUGGAGGAGGAAGAGUGGACUGACGACGAUCUGGUAGAUUCUCUGUAAUCACAUGAAGCUGAUGUGGCUGUGCUAACUACCCAACAGGAAGAGGAAGCCUAUGUGGCAUUUAACUUUAUUAAAAAAUACAUUGUGUAGCUGGGUGUGGUGGCGCAUGCCUUUAAUCCCAGCACUCGGGAGGCAGAGGUAGGAGGAUUGCCAUGAGUUCAAGGCCACCC